AUGAGGAAGUCGGCGGAUGCGCGUGCGAGGAACGUCGCUAUUAGGGUGAGAGCGGUGAGCCGCAUCUUUGCUUCUGUCUCUGCGGAUUGGAAGGAAAGAGACGAAAGCCUUACCGCGCUUGAGGAAUACCAGCCUUCAUGUACUCGCCUCAUCGAGUCCAUUUCUGAACAUCCCACCACUGCGGCCUCUCUGCAGUCCGCGAAGCUGUCAGCAGCCUCUUCUAGCCAGUGUAGAGAAGCAACCCACUUUAGCCCCAGCCAGCCAGCCGCAAUCACUGAAUCUGCAUGCAUGAUUCAUUUUUCGCCUGCCAGCAAUGUCCGGCAUGGCCUCGAGCAUUGCUUCUUAGUGCGAGUAUACAUGGGGACGAUGGAUGUCGUGUCGAAUGCAAUGCCUGUGGUGCCGCGAACAAUCCUAUUGGGACAGAUGGGAACUUUGGGAAGCGCUGACAGCUCAGCUGCGGCUAGGCUGAGCAUUCUUAUAUCAGCUUCAAAAGCCUCAGGUGGUUGCAUGGGAUGGGAUGUGGUGGGCGAGGCUGUACUUGUAGAUGACAAAGCGCAAGCGUCACGAACACCAACACGAGAAGCGGAUUUCCAGGGAGAACAAGCACGAACAAUCAUUGGACACAGUGUCUCCUCUUGGCUGGGAACCAGCAUUCGAGUGGAGCCUCCUCUGAGUAGAGCCUGCAUUGACUUAUUUUCGUGCAACCUGCACCUCGCCACCUCGCCUCCUCCCGCCCGAGCCCUAGCUACUGGGAACCAGCACUCGAGUGGAGCCUCCGUUGACUGGAUCAAAUCACAAGCACGAUCGAUUAUUGGACAUGCUACAUCUUACGCUAAGGAAUGUUCGUCUUGGCUACGGAUCUUCCUGCAACCUGCACCUCGCCACCUCCCGCCCGAGCCCCAGCUGCCAAUCAAUCAAUCCCUCGUACGAGUAGGGAGGCCCAUACAUACUAGAGGCUCAAUGCGGGCCGAACUUCUGUAA